AUGUCUACAAAAAAAAAACCAAUAUCGUUUUUCCUACCAUUGUCAAUACUCUCUGGAUCUUUUGCAGCUUUAGCUUCGGUAUUCGCAAAGUUAUUCACUGAUACGCGGACAAAAUUUUUUGCCGAAUAUCUAUGUGGGAGUACUCUGAAAGAGUUUCUCAUAUUAGGAUGUACAAAGGAUGAUGAUAGUGAGAUUGGGAUAAUCUACCCAAUCCGAAUGCUUUGUUUUGCGUUAAUAUUCCUAUGUAACGCGUUAAUGUGGACUUUCUUUACGAAAGCGUUGAACGCGUCCAGUUCUUCGGUGCAAGUUACAGUGGUCAAUAGUGCUAUGAAUUUUUGCAUGACGGCGAUUCUUGGAAAAUUAAUAUUCAGCGAAGAGCUACGAGCGCAAUGGUGGCUAGGUGCACUGUUGAUAGUGAUUGGUACGAAAUCAAUGUGA